AAAUAGGUUGCUCUCGUCAGUUCUUUCGUGAAGACAACAAACUACCACCAUGUUAAAUAAGUUCGCCGGCAAGACGUAUCAGAUUGAGAAAGCUGAGAACGUGGAUGCCUUCCUCAUCGCUUACGGUGUGAAAGACGCCGGCCUGCGAGAGGCGGCGCUCAAGAUGACGAUGCGGCAGACGCUGUCGGUGGACGGGGACCAGUACACGGUCCACAUGGAGAUCGGGCCCCGCAAGCUGGACAUCCCGUUCAGGCUGGGCGAGGAGUUCGAGGAGACGACGAUGGGCGGCGAGAAGGCGCAGACCACGUUCUCGCUCCAGGGGGACGACACUCUCGUCCAGCAACAGAAACUGCCCGGCGGCCGACACGUCACCACCCAGAGGAAGUUCAGCGACUCCCACAUGACUGUAACGCAGACAAUCGGUGACGUCACUGCGGAGAGCACUUAUAAUGCUAUCUAAAGAUCACCCAGCGUCCGUUUUCACUGUAUAAUGCAAUAUACUCUAUAUCCUGUAUCGUCUUCUUCUUGAAUAAAAUAUGCAUC